AUGAAUGUGAAAAUGGAAAUUUUUCCAUCUUCAUUCACUGGUGCCAAUCGUCGAAUCGAGUUGGCUGGAACUGACCUAUGGAUUACUCCACGUAUUGAUAAUGUCUUUGUGUAUCCAAGUAAUUUAGAUCUCAAUCGUUUGAAUGAUGCACUCGGCCAUAUUCUGACAUUAUGGCCUUUAGUCUGUGGUCGUUUACUACUACUCGAUGGGGAGCAUUACGUCAUUGAAAUGUCUGACAAAGCCGUACCUGUUACAAUUCUCGACAAUACAGAAUUAAGACAAUGGCCUCUUAACUCUAAUGUAGUAUGGGACACUGUUGAAGGUCAACUGCAACCAUUUCUCGACGAAGUACAAACUACGAAACUAUGGCACGGUUCUCCAGAUGAACCACUUUUCCGUUUGAAAAUCACUCGUCUUGUACAAAGUGGUGAAUGGGUGCUCGGCACAAGUUGGGCACAUGUGCUUGGAGAUGCCUGUGCUUGCCUGAAUUUUCUUCAUACGUUUUCACGGUUCUACCAACAAAUGGAAAUCCCGAUACUGUUACCCAGCUUUGAACGUCGUCUGUGGUCAAAAAACGAAGUUGAUCGAUCAUUGUUGCCUACCAUGCGACAUUUAUGUGAUGCUCUAUCGAUUGAGCAAAUUCAGGAAAAAAUGAGGACCGAACAAGAGACGCAUGUUCAAGUGAAUGUACAUUUUUCUGGUGAGCAGCUCGCCAGAUUGCGUACAUUAGUCGAUGACAGUACUUUAACUAUUCACGACAUCAUGAUUGCCUACAUUAUUCUCACAUUAAAUGUUUCAUGUUUUCAAAAAGAUGAAACCAUCAUUCGGCACACUAAUAUCAUUGUCAAUUAUCGUGGUGUAUCCAAUUCCAUUACUGUACCUGGUUUAGUCGCCAAUUGUACAUUGCGAGUGUUGUCUGAAAAUUUUGACAAUCCUUACUCUUUGCUGAAUAUUGCUCAGUCAAUCCGACGUUCGAUUCUUAAAUCACGAGAUAGAAAAUUUCUCGAAUCAUGGCUCGCCACUGCAGAUGAACUUAUGAGAGACAUGGCACACAAUGAGCAUGAAGCUAAUACAGAUCAUUUUGAGAAUGGAAUCGUAGUGAAUUCAAAUUUCCGCUACGAUUGGGCUGGUCUCGUCGAUUUUGGUUAUUCUGAUAAAUGUCGCUUCUAUACUGACGGAACCUCUGAUUUAUUUUUACGCGUAUUUCGUCUCAAUCCAAUCUACGAUGGCACUCAGUGGAUCAUGAGAGAUUGUGAAGGAGCAGAAGUAGCGUUCAAAUUUGAAAAGAAUAUAUUGAAAAACUUUCUCGAUGCAUGGCAACGCGAUGUCAAUGAACAUUUCAUCAAUGUGAAAAAAUAA